AUGGAUCAUCAUCAACAAGAAUCGAAUUCUCUGAAACAGCUCUUCUCAUCUAUAUCUUCAUCUCCUUUCUUCUUAACCUUCAAGAUCAAGAAACAUAUAUUCGUCGGAAUCUCUCUCCUCAUUAGUUUCCUUAUAUUAUCCGUCGUCGUCGUCGAUCUUGCCGGCUUCCAGCCUCAUCUCUGUUUCGGAUUCUUAUCUUCCUCAUUGAAAAGCCUAACGAAUGGACAAAAACACGUCGACGUAUGCGAUUAUUCUUACGGAAGAUGGGUCCGUAGAGGACGCCGUGACGUGGACGAAACAACAUCGUAUGGAGAAGAGUGUCGGUUUCUGGAUCCUGGUUUUCGUUGUCUGAAUAAUGGCAGAAAAGAUUCUGGUUUCCGACAAUGGCGAUGGCAACCACACGGCUGCGAUCUCCCACGAUUCAACGCAAGUGAUUUGCUGGAGAGGAGUAGGAACGGGAGGAUUGUGUUCGUCGGAGAUUCCAUCGGAAGAAACCAAUGGGAAUCUCUGUUGUGUAUGCUUUCACAAGCAGUGUCAAACAAGUCUGAGAUAUAUGAAGUAAAUGGGAACCCUAUAAGCAAGCAUAAAGGAUUUCUUUCUAUGCGGUUUCCGGAACAAAACCUAACCGUCGAAUAUCACAGAACACCGUUUUUGGUUGUGAUUGGUCGACCACCUGAGAACUCACCGGAAGAUGUUAAAAUGACGAUUAGAGUCGAUGAGUUUAACUGGCAGUCGAAAAAAUGGGUCGGCUCUGAUGUUCUCGUCUUCAAUACAGGACAUUGGUGGAACGAAGACAAAACCUUUAAUUCGGGUUGCUAUUUUCAGGAGGGAGGUAAAUUGAACAAGAAAAUGGGAGUAAUGGAGGGAUUUGGCAAGUCUUUAAAGACAUGGAAGUCUUGGCUAUUAGAGAAACUAGAUUCUGAGAGUAGUUAUGUCUUCUUCAGAAGCUUUUCUCCUGUGCAUUACAGGAAUGGGACAUGGAACUUGGGUGGUUUGUGUGAUGCAGAUACAGAGCCAGAGACUGAUAUGAAGAAGAUGGAAACUGACCCUAUCCACAACAACUAUAUCUCUCAAGUGAUACAAGAAAUGAGAUAUGAACAUAGUAGUAAGGUUAAGUUUUUGAACAUUACAUAUCUGACCGAGUUCAGGAAAGAUGCUCAUCCUUCGCGGCAUCGAGAACCGGGAACUCCUGAAGAUGCUCCUCAAGAUUGCAGUCACUGGUGCUUACCAGGUGUACCUGACACUUGGAAUGAGAUUCUCUACGCGCAGCUACUGGCAAUGAAUUACCGAACAAGAUGA